GGCCGGGCCUGCGAGGAAGACGCCGGGCCUGAAGGCUGGCGAGCUGCUGUCUGGAGCAUGGAGGGCGAGGCGGCCGGGCGAGGUGGCGGCGGGAAGCUGUGAGGCUGGCGAGGGGUUUCCCCAGGACUGCCUCGGGCUCGGAGAGGCGGGAUCCCGCCAGGACGGGGUCCCUGAGGGAGGAGAACGGCACACGACGACCCAGAUUCCUCUCCUGCCGGGCAGGGACCUCAGACUUUUCCUGGCGGGUCGACCCCUUACCGAAAUCCCCCGACUGCCGCCCGCACACGCCCUUGGCGGCGACCGAGUCACCUCCUGCUGCCGGGAGGCCGCCAGAGCACUGUCCAGGUUACUAUGGAUACCGUGGUGAAGACUACGUCCCUGUCUUGGAGAAACCCACCUUCUGGUAGAGAUAGAGAGAGUGGAGAAGUGCUAAGAAUGCAGUAUGGUGGGUGCAGUAAUUAAGACAUAUCGAGACACAAAAAAAGAGGCGACCCCUGGACCAGCGCGAGGGACCCACCCUCACGAUGACCGAGACCACCAAGACCCACGUAAUCUUGCUUGCCUGCGGCAGCUUCAAUCCCAUCACCAAAGGGCACAUUCAGAUGUUCGAAAGAGCCAGGGAUUAUCUGCACAAAACCGGAAGGUUUAUUGUGAUUGGUGGGAUUGUCUCUCCCGUCCACGACUCCUACGGAAAACAGGGCCUUGUGUCGAGCCGGCACCGCCUCAUCAUGUGUCAGCUGGCCGUCCAGAACUCCGACUGGAUCAGGGUGGACCCAUGGGAGUGCUAUCAGGACACCUGGCAGACCACGUGCAGCGUGCUGGAGCACCAUCGGGACCUCAUGAAGCGGGUGACUGGCUGCAUCCUCUCCAAUGUCAACACGCCCUCCAUGACGCCUGUGGUCGGACAGCCCCAAAAUGAGACCCCCCAGCCCAUUUACCAGAACAGCAAUGUGUCCAGCAAGCCCACUGCAGCCAAGAUCUUGGGGAAGGUGGGAGAAAGCCUAAGCCGGAUCUGCUGUGUCCGCCCACCAGUGGAGCGCUUCACCUUUGUGGAUGAGAACGCCAAUCUGGGCACGGUGAUGAGGUACGAGGAGAUCGAGCUGCGGAUCUUGCUGCUGUGUGGCAGUGACCUGCUGGAAUCCUUCUGCAUCCCUGGGCUCUGGAAUGAGGCGGAUAUGGAGGUGAUCGUCGGGGACUUUGGGAUUGUGGUGGUGCCCCGGGACGCAGCUGACACAGACCGAAUUAUGAAUCACUCCUCAAUACUCCGCAAAUACAAAAAUAACAUUAUGGUGGUAAAGGAUGACAUCAACCAUCCCAUGUCUGUUGUCAGCUCAACCAAGAGCAGGUACGUUUAACAGCCAGAGGGACCUUGGUCAAAUGGGCUUACAAGUUUUAAUACAACUGACUCUUACCAUUUGCUGACACCUGCUGCCUGGUAUUUAGCCUUCUUUGGGGACCUCAUGUAUUUGUCCCCCGUUAUCUACUUCUUUUUUUUU